AUGUCGAACGUUUCCGCGCCAGCGCAGGCAAAGACAGGUUUUGUCAUCGGAAAGGAGGAACUCAGCGAAGAUUCGUCUGGAUCGAGGUAUAAUCCCCCAGUACCAUUGAAGAAAGAUCGCCCACCAUUUUUCCGGCGUACGCUCUUCCAAAUUCUAGUUGUUGGCCUCUGCGCUUUCUGCGCGCCUGGAAUAUGGAGCGCAAUGAAUGGCCUCGGUGUUGGUGGUUCUCAAAGCCCAAAUCUUGUCAAUGCAGCCAACGCCUUACUAUAUGCAUUUAUGACUGUGACAUGCUUCACUGGGCCAUGGCUCACGAACCUCAUCGGUUUCAGAUGGACACUGGCUAUCGGAUCCUUGGGCUACCCGCUUUAUGCCGCAGGAUUAUAUGUCAAUAAUCGGUAUGGGACCACGUGGUUUGUGUACUUUGGGGCAGUUGCUUGUGGCAUCACUGCGGGAUUUUUCUGGAGUGUUGAAGGAGCUAUUUCCGUAGGCUACCCCGAACAACACAAGAGAGGUCGCUACCUUGCAACUUGGUUCACGUUCCGAAACUUUGGAAACAUUAUUGGGGGUGCGAUUUCCCUCGGUAUCAAUCAUAACGUCAAUAAAAAGGGGAAGGUCGGGUACGGCACCUAUCAAGCGUUCAUCGCCAUCCAAUGUCUCGGCUUCUUCAUUGCAUUCCUGCUCUCAAAUCCUGACAAAGUAGUGCGCGAUGAUGGCACAAUGAUUGCUGCACCCAGGGGAAUCAACUGGCGUGUCCAAGCUAAAGCCAUGUGGCGACUCGCCAUAAGCAAACCAAUUCUCCUGCUGAUUCCUCUUUUCUGGUAUUUUGGCUGGACACAAGCAUAUCCAGGAACAUAUCUAGCGACCUAUUUCACAGUUCGUUCUCGUGCACUCGCUAGCUUCUUGUCUGCUAUUAUCGGGACUUUUGCUACCUGGCUAGGAGGAGCUCUCGUUGAUCUGCCAUGGACCAAAUCCCGCCGAACACGGGCUAUUGUAACCUAUAUCUUCAUCGCCAGUCUCAAUAGCGGGACCUGGAUAUGGGCUGUCUACCUCCAGAACGAAUACCGUCAUACCCUACCUGUACUAGACUGGGGUGCCCAGAGUUCUUUCGGGCGUGGAUUCGGACUCUACAUGAUCGAGCGUGCCAGCCUGAGUCUCGUUGAAAAUUACAUUUAUUGGUGCAUUGGCACUCUUUCAGAGUCGCCUGGGGAUCAAAUACGCUACAGUUCUCUACUUCGGGGCAUUGAGACCGCUGGCGUCGCUGUAGGUUUCGGAGUUCAGGCUGUCCCAACGGUCUUAAUCGCAACAGCGAGCAUUAAUCUGGGGUUCUGGUUCUUUGCUCUUCCAUUUGGAUACUAUGCAACUUUGCAGGUUGUUCGUAAGUUUGAUAAGCUUGAUCAGAAGCAUGCGGAAGUAGCGGCUGGUGGGGAAGGUGGGGAAGGUGGUGUGAUAGCAAAUUAG